AUGCCUGGCUCCGCGGCGGUGACCGGUACGCUGGCUCUGCGCAAGCUUCUUCAGGGACAACUCAAUGACGCCGAGAGCUUUCACGACUACUCUGCGGAGAAACUAAGCGCGAUCGGGAACAGGGGCAAGAUAUGAACUGCAAAAGUAUCGUACUAGUAGAAAUUGCAUUACAAAUUGACUUAGCAUUACAAAUUGAAUUCGUAAUGCAGAUUUGCCUUAGCAAAAAGGUUUGUAAUGCAUAAACGCAAUUAGUACGAGAACGAGUGCGAUACUUUUGCACAGGAUACAAGACACAAAAUGCAGAUGAGCCGCUCACUCCGGAGUCCUUUUUCGACCAGCAGCGUAGUCUACGGAGCGCCCUGUUCGCUUUGAAGGAAGCGCAGGAAAAGAUGAGAAUUUACGAGGCGCAGUUGCAAGCAUCGCAGGCGCCGGAGAAAAUGGCCUCGUUUGUGGAAGCGCCACCGGCGGGAGAGACCGGCGGCUUCGACUGGGUGGCAAACAGCAAGCGAGAUGGCGUCAUAGGAAAAUCGGAAAAGCCUGCAACGAUUUUGUUAAACUCGAUACGGGACAAGUUGCUGGAAGUGAGAAAUAGUUUGGAAGUGAAACCGAAAACAACGAAAGAGGCCAAAGUAGAACAACCAGCGCAAGGAGGCCGUUGGUUUUAGUGAGAGAGGAUGAAGGAAAACUAGCACUGAAUGUUUAUUUGAAGAGUGCGAUGAAUCGCACUUCAAUCACCAU